AUGAGUACAAAUUCCGAUUUAAUCAAAAAAGCUGGCAUCACUUACAAGAAUUUUGUUCCCGAAUGUAAGCCAAGGAAUCGCUUUGCUGAUUCAUUAUCCAACGACGCUCCAGUUACGAAAGAAUUGUUAGGUAAUAAAAUACGAAAUUUUUACUUAGAAACCGUUGCGACAAACCCAGAAUGUGAAGAUCAAAACUCUCUUAAUUCCUUCUCUCAAGUACCCAAACCCACAUCAGUAACAAACUUUAACAAUUUCGAUCCUCAAACUUCAAUCCAAGAAACAAACGUACCAAAUACCCCUACAAACCAUUUAAAAUCAACUCAAUAUGCUGAACGGAUUAGCAUUCAUACAAUAUUUAAGUACGCAGAAAAAGGAAAGCUAAGUAGGCUAAAAACAGCUUUACAAUCUGGAAUGUUCAAUGUUAAUGUAAGAGAUAACUUUUCUUGGACCUUACUCAUGAGUAGUUCUUACAAUGGUCAAGAAGAAGUUACUUUAUUCCUUUUAAGCAUGAAGAUCGAUGUCGAAGCAAGAAAUCGUCGGGGACAAACGGCAUAUGAUUUAGCUUUACUCUCAAGCAACCAUAAGAUUGCUGAACUGAUUAGAAACUCUGCUAUCGCGAAAAACAACUCAUUGUCAAGGGAUUAUAAUUAUGGUAGCAGUUCCAAUCACUCACUGACUAUUCCUUCGUCAAUCAAUCAAAAGAAAUGGUGCAAUGUCUGUAACAAAGAAUUAUCGUUGUCUUAUGCAAGUAAGAUACAAGAUGAUCACGCCUAUUCAACAACGCAUUUAUUUAAUGUUCAAGAUAAAAUUAAACUUCAAACUAGUUACGCUAUUCCGAGUAGUAGCAUUGGCUAUAAACUUAUGCUAAAGAGCGGAUGGAAAACGAAUAAAGGAUUAGGAAAGCAUGGAAAUGGUAGAAAGUAUCCGAUUAAGACUGCUCUAAAGAACGAUAGGAAAGGAAUUGGUGCAAGCAAAAGGCCAACUGUUAAAGUGACUCAUUUUAAAGCAUUUGACACAAACAUACUAGACAAACCCUGCAACAAAUUUAUAAAUAUGAAGAUUAGAACACAAGAAUUAAAAGAAGAGAGAACAUGGGAGAAGGCAAUGAUUAGGCAACUUAAAUCAUAA